CAUAUGUGUUCAUUGAGAAAUGAACUAGAAAUACUGUAUUCUAAAGCUCCAGGCUAUAUAUAGGAGAUCCAUACUAUCAUAGCUAGGAAACAGUCCAGUCAACUGAAGAACUAUUGGAGAAUACUGAUAUUCAUUUAUUUUACAGGAUCAAAACGACUACACCAUGAAGGGCCAGGUGGUACACACAGAGUUCAUAGAAACAGGAUAUGGUAAAAACUAUGUUAAGCUACUACAGCUGAGACGUGAGGGCAAUGCUCACCAUAUUCAGGAAUUGGAGGUGAGUGUAGAACUCGUCCUCAAUAAUCAGCGUGAAUACCUUUAUGGAGACAAUACCGACAUCAUUGCCACUGACUCUCAGAAAAAUACAGUCUACAUACUUGCCAGAAAAUAUGGGGUGAAGACACCAGAACAGUUUGCUAUGAUUCUCUGUAGCCAUUUCCUCUCCAAAUACAGCCAUGUGGACAAAGCAACAGUCUAUAUUGAACAAGCUCCUUGGAAACGAAUGGAAAUUGAUGGUGAUAAUCACAUCCAUGCAUUCCUGAUCAGUGAUGAAGGCACUCGGUUCUGUGACUGUGUACAGGCUAGAGGAGGCAAACCUGUUGUAUCCGCUGGCCUGAAAAAGAUGAAAAUUAUGAAAACAACACAGUCAGCAUUCACAGGUUUUGUGAAAGAUGAAUAUCGGACGCUCCCUGAUGCUAAUGACAGACUUUUCUGUACAAUAGUCGACUCCCAUUGGUGGUACAAUACAACUGAACAUGUGAACUUCGACAAAGUAUGGAGCACUGUGAAGAAUGUGAUCCUGGAGACAUUUGCUGGCCCAGCACAUGAAGGUGUGUUUUCUCCAUCAGUACAGAAUACUCUCUUCCUCACAGAAAAACACGUACUGGCUAGAAUUCCACAGAUAGAGAAGAUGGAAAUGGAACUCCCUAAUGUUCACUAUUUUGGUGUCGACUUCACUCGAUUCCCCAAGAUCCACUUUGAACAUAGUACAAAUGAAAUAUACAUGCCAACAGAUAAACCAUCAGGAAAUAUCCGUGCUGCCAUACAGAGGAAAACACUUUCAAAGCUAUGAAGUUGGUCAAUGACUAAAUGUUCUAUGUAAUCAGUAUAAUUAGGUGUCAUAUUUCCGCACGUUGCAAGCGGGUCCCGUUGCCGUGGUUUCAAUGGCAUUGGAAACAAUGAAAUUUGCUGUUUAGCAUCUUUAUUCUUGAGAAGCAACAUUAUUGCUAAAUCAAAAAUCUCUCAGUAGAAGAACUUAUUAGUUCUUGAACACAAAAUAUUUGUGCAUAUUAUACAACUUUAAUCAGAGAUAACUAUAGCAGUGCAAUAAACAGUGUAACUCUUGCCCUAUCAUAUCUAAUGCUGUACAUCAGUCAUGGUUUGCUGGAUUUGUUGCCAUUCUUCAAUAAUUUGAAUUUGCCUUUUUUUGGCUGUUAGCUACCUUACUGAACUUUAGGAUGGUGUGUAAUCUCAAGAGCUUCCUACUUGACAAAAGCCUACCUCUCCUCCUGCCUUUAGUGAUUGAAUGAAACACCUCAUUUUACCAGAAGAUGUAUUCUUUCAAAGCUCUUCAGACUGAGCUAUCACUGCUAGCUGGAAGCUGUCAGUUAUGUCUAAUAUUUCCCUUUUUUCAAGAUGUGUUCCUAUAACAAAAUAAUACAUUAUGUUAAUUUUUCAAUAUUAACAUUUCCAUUGUACAUUCUCUGUUUGGCAUUGCAAACAAAAUUGAUGUCUAUACCUUAAUAGACAUUAAGUCUGACAAAUUUUGCCAUCAAAAUGAAAUCAGCUUUUUUUCUAUUCCAUCAGUUGUUGGGUUGUUCCGCCAGUGUGUUUAACAUCUGUGUAAUGACGAUUAUUAUUGUUUUUAAAUUAACAUAGAUAAAAGAAAAAUGUCAAAAAAUAAAAUGUAAGAAAUAAUGUUUUCCUUUUUGCAUUGUUUUACGGAUACUGCAACAUACCUUGCCAACAGGCUUCAUUUAAAAUAUCAAAAAAGAACCAAAAAAAUUAAACAUCAUAUAUUUUUCAACCAGGGUAAAAGUUUGAUUUAUCAAUUUCAUAAUAUGAUGAACUUCAUGGCCUAUAAACAUAAGUGAACAUAUGUUGACCUUUGUAAAUCUUCCUGUUAACUGUCUAGUGACAAGUAGCAAAUUAAUACAAUUAACAGAACUGCAAAUAUCUACACAUUUUGAACAACUAGGUCUGUACAUUGUUGCUUUAAACAAAAUGAAAAUUAUUUUUAUAUGGUAGAUAUGGAAUGUGUAUAUGAUCAUGAAACUGGAUAAAUCAAUGAAAAUCAAGCGCAAUCAUUCAGAAAUUUAUAUACAUUACUAUCAUUAUAUAUAGCUAUAUAACAUUUGUUUUGUCUAUAAAUAUUUAGCAUGCAUAUAAUCUUGAGGAAACAAGUUUUAAUAAAGUUGUUUUUUUUUAA